AUGCGCUGCUCCACCCUGCUAGGCAUCCUCACGGGGGUGCUUCUCUACUUGGUGCUGGGAGCUGUGGUGUUCCGCGCCUUGGAGGUUCCGCGAGAGGAGGGAAAGCACAUGCAGCUUAUGGACACACGCCGGGACUUCUUGUUGAACUUUACCUGCAUGGGCCCAAACGACCUACAGACCCUUAUAGAGGAAGUAGUGGAGGCCGUUGGUGCAGGUGUGGAUCCCAGCAGCAACUACACCUUCAUCAGCCAAUGGGAUCUGGCCAGCGCCUUUUUUUUCUCAGGGACUAUCAUCACAACCAUCGGUUUUGGAAACAUCUCUCCCAAGACAGAAGGAGGGAAGCUGUUCUGCAUUUUCUACGCCCUGGUUGGAAUCCCGAUGUUUGGUUUCCUGCUUGCUGGAGUCGGAGACCAUCUGGGUACUGGGCUGAGGAAAGCUGUUGCCAAAAUAGAGACUCUCUUCCGGAAAUGGCGUGUUAGUCCAACCAUUGUGCGGGUGAUCUCAGCCGUCCUGUCCAUCCUGCUGGGUUGCCUGCUCUUUGUCGCCGUGCCUAUCCUGGUUUUCCAAAAGGUGGAGGGGUGGACUCUUCUGGAGUCGGCCUACUUUGUUGUUAUCACCCUGACAACAGUGGGGUUUGGAGACUAUGUUGCAGGGGAUUCAGGAAAUGAGGGGAGCGACCACUGGUACAAGCCCUUGGUUUGGUUCUGGAUCUUGCUGGGUCUUGCCUACUUUGCAUCUGUCCUGACAAUGAUUGGUAACUGGCUUCGAGUUCUAUCUAAGAAGACCAGAGCUGAGAUGGAGGAGCUCCGAGCCCACGCCACUGACUGGACUCAAAACAUCCAGAAUAUGUCGGUGGAUUUUCGUAUUCCCGGAAAAAUCGAUGACCCCUUCAAACGGCGUCGGCGAAAGCGUCGCCACGGCCCUCGCAGCAAUGGUCACACUGUGACAGCUAACGGGGCCCCUGAGGGGAAAGAAGAGCAACGUGAGAGUCAGACAGAGUCCGGAUCUUAUUCCUCUUCCUCCUCUAAUGAAUCAGAGUCUGGAUCAGGAACAGACUCUCAGGUCACUCAGACGGAGCGAGUGCCUGAAGAAAAAACUGCAGAGCCUGAAAAGGAGGAGUGUCCUCCAGAUCCCCACCUGUCUCAGCCUCUGGACUACUUUGGGGAGAACCUUGCCUUUAUUGAUGAAUCUUCAGAUGCCCAGAGUGGUAAACUGCAUUUAGAUCCUCUGCUGGAUACAGUAAAAUCCAACUGUGAACGCUCUCGGCCGGCCAAAAGGAGACGUCAAAGAAGACCGGUUCCACAGAGAAGCCCCAAAAUCAACGGGUCCAGCCGUGACAAGAAGGAGCCCAGAGGAAACCCCCAACCAGUUCCAGGUCUACCAGUGAAGCCUUAA